AUGGCUCCUGAAAACAUCACUUGGGUCACAGAAUUUAUUCUCACAGGUGUCUCCAACCGUCCAGACCUCCAGAUUCCUCUGUUCUUUGUUUUCCUGCUCAUCUAUGGACUGACCCUGGCAGGGAACAUGGGCAUCAUCCUCCUCACCAGUGUGGACUCUCGACUUCAGACCCCCAUGUACUUUUUCCUUCGACACUUGGCUAUCAUCAAUCUUGGAAAUUCUACUGUCAUUGCUCCUAAAAUGCUAAACAAUUUCUUAGUAAAGAAGAAAUCUAUCUCCUACUAUGAAUGUGUCACUCAACUGGGAGUGUUCUUGAUUUUCAUUGUAUCUGAGGUUUGUGUGUUGGCUGUGAUGGCCUAUGACCGUUACGUGGCCAUAUGUAACCCUUUGCUCUACAUGGUGGUGGUAUCUCGAAGGAUCUGCAUUCUGUUAGUGUCUCUUACAUAUUUCUAUGCUGUUUCCACUUCUAUUGUAGCUACAUACAGUAUAUUCUCCAUGACAUACUGCUCUUCCAAUGUGAUCAAUCAUUUUUUCUGUGAUAUCUCUCCUCUCUUAACAUUAUCCUGCUCUGAUACUUACUUUCCAGAGACAGUUGUUUUUAUAUCAGCGGGCACAAAUUUGGUCACUUCUAUGACAGCUGUGAUCGUUUCUUAUUUCAAUAUUCUUCUGUCCAUCCUCAGGAUGCGUUCAGCAGAAGGAAGGAAAAAGGCUUUUUCCACGUGUGCCUCACAUAUCAUAGCUGUCACAGUUUUUUAUGGGACACUUCUGUUCAUGUAUGUGCAGCCUCCAAGCAGUCACUCAUUAGACACUGAUAAAAUGGCAUCUGUGUUUUAUACCCUGGUGACCCCCAUGUUGAAUCCAAUGAUCUACAGUCUGAGGAAUAAGGAUGUGAAAGAUGCUUUAACCAGAUUUCUCAAGGGUCCUCUUGAGUUUUUUAGACUUGUAAAAAUGCAGUGGUCUAAUGGCUUUUUAUGA